AUGUCGAAACCGAUCACAUUUGUAACGGGCAAUCCCAAGAAAUUAGAAGAAGUCGUACAAAUAUUAGGCGCAGACUUCCCAAAACAACUUAUCAGCAAGGAACUGGAUCUACCCGAGUUACAAGGUGAAAUAGACGAAAUAACGAUAUUAAAAGCUAAGGAAGCCUACAGACAUGUACAGGGACCAGUAAUUAUAGAGGACACAGCAUUAUGCUUUAAUGCCCUCAAGGGCUUACCAGGACCUUACACCAAGUGGUUUUUUGACAAAUUAGGACCAGAAGGAUUACCUACACUAUUGGCAGCGUUUGACGAUAAAUCAGCUCAAGCUGUUUCUCAAGCUGUUUGUACGUUUGCCUAUCAUCCAGGAGGUGAAAACGACGAAGUGAUUUUAUUCCAAGGCAAUACGGAUGGACGGAUUGUGAAUCCCAGAGGACCCAGAAAUUUUGGAUGGGAUCCAUGUUUCGAACCUGCUGGAUAUGAUGUUACAUAUGCCCAGAUGCCUAAUGCAGAGAAAAAUAAAAUUUCACACAGGUACAAAGCAUUGGACCUACUCAGAAAUUAUUUUUUGCAGAGAAGAUAA